UCCCGCUGGGUAGCCCCUAUUUGACCAAGAAGCACGAACGAAACGAACAAGGCAAGCAUUCGCCGCUCCGCCAGCCAUAGGCAAGCUAGCAUCAAUUAGCCUUUAGCUAACUAGUUCUCCGUGGCCGACCCGCGAAUCCUUGCAAAGUCCCCUGGCCUCGCUCCAACUCUUCCUGAGCCAUGUGUUCCCUCUCCGCCUCUCUCCUCUCCCGCUGCGUCCGUUCCCUCGUUUCCCAGAAUUCUUGCAGUCUCUCUGCCUCUCGUUGCUCGCGCUCAUCCGCUCCAGCUUGCCACCUUUCCUCCCGAAUCCUCUCCUUCAGUACUCUGUUGGCUUCUUCGUUUGGGUCGUGGUAUCUCUUUCGCAAGCUAUUGGCAACGGCCUGCUUCAGAAUAUCUGCAAGCCGAGCAUCCGAUGGUAUCGGCCCACCCAAGCGCUGAAAGAAUCGAGACCACGUCGUAACCGCAAGAAUCUCUUUGGCGUUGCGUUGAAGGUCUUUCUUUUGCUUGGGGGUUGGCUUUCCCAUUUGCCGUUCGUAUUGAUCCAACACUUCCAUGGGACCACGCUUAUUUGAGGGCCUGCCAAUACGCGACAUAAAGUAGGCUUGGAACAUCAACAGGCGAAGGGACGUCUUGGCACCCUGGAAAGUCCAUUGUAACCGAUCUUCCGCAGAUAUGGAGUCCUCCGCUAGCAAUGGGUAGCUUCGCAAAAGCCAACGUACAUUGCGAUCAAAUGCCUCCAUGACGAGUGGUUUUCGGAGGGAAUUCCAUCCAGUUUUGCUCAAAGUGAGACAUAUCAGAAGCAAUCCCAAAUUUGGUUCUUGGAGCUUGUGCCGAAAGUAGUAGGCCGAGAGGAAGCGAGAGACUUGCUUCUCUGCGUGUUGCUCGAGCACGGGAUAUCUCUUGGCAAAAAACAAAAGAAUAUGGUGGAACGCGCAGUAGCCUUCGAGAGCCUUUUCGCUGGCGUAGCGGGUGACUUCUCCCCCUUCUUCGGCUGCAUUCAUGAGCUGGACGACCAUGGAAUUCAUCAUAAUUGCCAGCAACUGAAAGGCCAUGAGUGGGUGAAACGCGGCGUGGGCUUUCUGGUCGUAACGAAGACGGGGUGGUGGUGGUUGCCGUCUGUUGCUAUCGUAUGAAUGCAGGACGCUGUUCUUCAUAAUGGAAUACAUUGUUUUUUCCAUUCUGUCCACAGCCCGGGCGGAAUGAUCAGGAUUCAAGACCAGCGGCAGAAAGAAACCAAAGCGACGGGUUCCCCAAACGUCCCCGCGGAUAUUUUCCUUCUGAAAAGCAUGCAGUGACAAGACAUCGAGCGGCGACGUGGCCAUCUUGAGUGUCUUGCCGUCUGGGUAGUAUUCCACGCUCAGGCCAAUGCCCAGGAUGGUGUCCGGGUCGUCGACAGUGGCCUUGGUAUGAAAGCACAUGACUUGGGAUCGUUCAAAUAGGUUGAACGAAUGGACAAUUCUUCCCCAUUCGGCGCAAGCAUCCCGAGCCUGGACCAGCCCUCUGAUGUUCAGAAAGGAAAAGAUUUUUGUAAAAAUCUCGCGUGGCAGGAAAGGAAGGGGUUUGUUGGCCCGUUGUGUGUCUCGUCGUGAUAAUAGUGAUGGCUGCGGAACCAUACCCGUGGCUGUCGGCAGAGGCGGCCACGGGUUGCUGUGCGUGUGUAUUCUCCGUGUUCCGUCGUGUGUGUAGACUGCGCAAGUGAAUUGUUGAGCACGAUGAAUGGCGUCGCCAAUUUUCCCCUUGGAUCGUCUCCCACCAAGGAGGCCCUUUGCUGUGCCGUAUAUUUGAGGAAUGUUCUCGGCAAACAAGAAGGACUGCAGCUGCAGCAACAGACUGAGAACCGAGUAUGCCGAGGUCCAGCCCGUGUAGGGUUGUGGAUACCGUUGUCCCCAUGGUUGAAUCAUGUCAAGGCAUAUGUACCCUCCCGAAAAGACGUUGGGGUGGUUCAUCCACGAGCAAAGCUUUACUCGAGGUGGCUUGUGUGGAUAAUCCUCUGUGAAUUGAAGUAUCAGAUGAAUGAUUGUGGACGCGUAUGGUCCAUGAUCUGGCCUGAGAUUGCAAUGCCAUUCGAAAAUGCUGGAGGUGGGAGCAGCCGAGAUGGUUGGCAGCGUGUCUUUUUCUUGUUUCAGUUCUCUCCAGUCCUUGUGGAGCCGCCGAAUGGCGUGUUGCUUCCGGGGGUUGGGAAGAACGAGGAUGCUCGUGUUCAUUUUUCUUUCUUGUUUUGCGCUCGCCUGCCUUCGGUUGUUUGUUUUGUGGUCGAGGUUUUGGAUGUUGCUUUCUAAAGGUUUGACAAUGUGAAGAAGAAGAAGUCUAGGCUCAUCAGACAAAACCCGUCGUACCGGUACGGGUACCAAGCACGGUAUCCACGUCUGGACUUCAUUCGUGAUAACCAAAUAAAACAACGGGAUGACGUCAUCAAUCACGAAGCUUACUCGUCAAUCGACUCAUGACUCGACUUACUCGACUCAAAAGAAAAUGGCUAAGCUGUCAGCUACCGGCACCAUUUUAAGCCCACCUCAAAAGCUCUCAAAAAUUUCAUUCCACUUGCGCGAAGCCUUGAGAACAGUCCAAUAAGGCGAAGCCUCUGAGUGUAGCAGUGUUUUGAUAUUGAUGUGCCCAUGAGAUGAACGAAGAGAUCAGUUUUCCUGGUUGUUGCUGGCUAUAGGUGUCGAUAUUAUACGUGGCUCUGGCAUAGUUGAAGGUCAGUUUCCCAAAGAGGGUAUCAGUCUGGUCGUCUGAUCUUUCAUUCGAAUCGUUUUUCAUACCAAUCCAAAGCACUUGAGGUGUCUGUGUCUUUGCCGACACAAGAAAGCAAGAACCAAAAUGGGUGUAAAGGGUCUGUGGCAGCUACUGUUGCCUAUUGGCGUGAGAAUUGAUGUGGAAACGCUGGAAGGGCAGAUUCUGGCAGUGGAUGCCAGUAUUUGGCUGACCCAAUUCGUCAAGGCCAUGAAAGAUCCCGAUACGGGCUCGGUCCGUCCUGCUGCGCACAUUAUUGGAUUCUUUCGUCGGAUUUGCAAGCUCAGAUUUCAUGGGAUUCGUCCAGUGUUUAUCUUUGACGGUCCCACUCCAGAAAUCAAGCGUCGAGAAUUGAUUGCCAGGCGACGACGAAGAGAUCAGUUUGUCGCCCAGCAUGGAGAGGCGGCGGUCCAACGCAUGGCCAAGCGACUCUUGAUGGAACAAUUGAAACGAGCACAGGCCAAAAUUGUUGUCAACGAAAAACGGGAGGUAGCCAUUCACAUGAACAAUAAUGGAAACGACAACAAUGAUGACAAUGUAGAAGAGGAUGAUGAAGGGGGGGCCUUUGCACCCGGUUUUUCGUUGCCAGAACGUGAAAUUGCGAAAAACGACAAUAGUGGCAGCAGUGAGGAUGCCGCCAACUUUCGGAUCCAAAAUGGAGAACUGCUCAUCACAGAUGGCAACAGCUCUCACAAACAAACCCAGAGUACGGAGAUACUGAAUGACAAUGAUUGGGACAAACCAAUUGAUGUCGAUGGGGAUGAGGACGACGAGGACUACGAUGACGAGGCGGAAGAGAAAAAUGGCGAAUCAUCCAACGAGGACGAAGCAGUAGAGUACGAUGACGUGCUUUGGAGUAGCGGACGCAGCCGCCGUCGCAAGAAACAUCGAUCCAAAAAGAGGAAAUCCAAAGACGGCUUUUUUGACGAAGACUACAUCUUGUCGUUGGAUCCCACAGAUAGAAAAGGUGCCAUUGAAGAAGCAAAAAAGAAACAGAGAAUGCUCAGUCGACGAGAGUUCCUCCCGGUAGCGGCCAAUGCUGCCGAGUAUUCCUCCACACAGGUUCGCAACUUCCUCAGAUCAUCCAAACUCAACAAGGAUAUUGUCAAAAUGGCCAAAAAGGCCGUCCACAGAGAUUCCAAAGAUCAAGGCGAAGUCAUGGCAUCCGACCGGACCAGGCGAAUCAUUUUUGAGAAAGAUGCGGAUUCACCAAGCAAAAAGAAGAAAAGGUCCAAGGGGUUCCCCUUCAAAUUCAACGACGACAGCGAAUCUAGCAGCAGCAGUAGUGAUGACUCGAGUGGGCGCGAUGAUGACGAAGACGAAGAAGGAGGGGAAUCAGACGACGGAGGAUUCCUGCGAACUGACGAACGACCCACCAAUGCUAGAAGACUUAGGUCAAGGCAACAAACUGGCCAGUCUGCCCAGCAAUCUACCGGAGAAAACGAAGAUGGAGGAAUCCGUCCACACUUUCAUCGGCUUCGCAAAGUGGGAUUCCAGGGGCACUCUCAAAAUGAAGAAAUGGGUUCUGACGAUGAUGCAGACGGGGGUUUCUUUGCUGCUUCUGAUGGAAAUUCCAACAAACAAAAAGCAAUUGUGGAUGCGGACGACGACGACGAUUCGGAAACGGGUGGAGGAUUCAUGAAGAGCGUUACUGUGUCAAAACCCUCCGGCGAGAGAACCAACGCCCAAACCGUUGGUACGGGGAUAAGCUCUCUUCAGACUGAUGGGGAGGAGCCACUACACAGGAAACAAACACAAGAUACUCAGAGCAGGCAGGUGCGUUUUCAAGAUGACGAUAACGAAGAUACUGCUGGCGGAGAAUGGGAUGACGACGCAGCAAAGCCCGCCAGUCGGAGGGUACCCAAAGGGGCGCGGAGACUUCCGGUUUCUGCCAAAGCAGCCGUUACAAUGGCCGGACCCCUCUUUCGGGUCGACGACGAUGAUUCCUCCGAGGAAGGAGGCGGUUUCUUGCGCGGUAAACCUGUUGAGAGCUAUGCCAAGUUGAAGACGACCGGGCUUGACGAUGAAGUCGUAGUCAUUGACGAUGAACCAAGCAAAGUGGCUGGCAAGCCGUCUAAUUCUGCUCACAGUGUUGAUGAUGACGACAUUGCAGCGCAAGAGCUUCAAGAUCAAAUGUUGGCCAAGGCGCUUCAGGAAGAAGAAGAUGCAAACUACGCGGCGAGCUACGCAGAAUCCAAGGUCAUCACGAUUGACGACGACAAUAAACCCGACCAUGAAUUCGAAUCAAGUCGAAAUCUCGAGUCUCACAAACUCGAUAGCGACAACGAACUUAAAAGACUGAAAGCAAAGACGUCGGCGCCAAUGCCAAUGAAACCACCAAUCGUAAUGCCAACAAUGAUGGCGGACGAAGCUGAUGAGUCUGGUGAUGACGACGAUGUUGAUUGGGAGGACACGGAUCCAGUCGAAGGAGACAUUGGCUCCGAGGCAAUUGAUGCUGAGGAAAGUUGCACUCCAAACUCGCAGUCUGUUCCUGGGAAAACUGUGCUGGCUGGUUCCACGAACCAUGCACGAGAAAGCGAAGCUGUCGAUCAAGCAGCAGGUGACAACGGAAGAGAGAAUGAUGAAGUUGAAUGGGAAGAUGGGGACAAUGGCGAUGACGACAACAGGCCAAAGCAACAAGGGGAGGAAAAGGUAGAAACCCCCAGACAGCAGUCUGCGUCGAUGGAGGACGGCGGAUUGCCGAGACAGCAGUCCGCGUCAACAGAGGACAGUGAUUUUCCCAGGCAGCAAUCGGCGUCAACAGAGGACGGCGACUUUCCCAGACAGCAGUCCGGGUCGACAGCUGAGAACGAAGAGGAAGACGACGAUCCAUUCAUGGAUGUGGACAUUCAGGGCGAUGGCGACUUUGGUGGCCGCGUUGAAGUUGACAACGAUACGGCGUUAAAACAGGCGGAAGCAACAGCUGCAAAUCUGACCAACUGGGCAGGACGAGCCAUGAGACGCGCGAUUGCUGAUCACAAGGCAGCACAACGCGAGCCAGAACAUCUCAAUCAACAAGUCAAGACAAGACAACAAACUAAACAAGACGAAUCCCCUCUCCGACCUGAGUCCGAAGAAGCCAAUAACGCGGUCGACAUUGUUUCGGGCAGCGAAAACGUACUGGACAUCAACGCUGAUAACGCUGAAGAAACGGCGGAGCCGAUUCAAGAAUACGAGACUGAGAUAGCCGAUGCAUCAAUAGAGCGCGAUUCCGAGGCCCCAACAGACGAAAUGCAGGAGGAAAUCAAGUGCUUGUUGCAGCUGUUUGGUGUGCCUUGGGUGCAGGCCCCUGCCGAGGCUGAGGCGCAGUGCGUUGAAUUAGAAAAGCUCGGGCUUGUCAAUGGUGUCGUGACAGAAGAUAGCGAUGCCUUUGUAUUUGGUGCCAAGAAAAUCUAUAAGAACAUCUUCGACGACCAGAAGUACGUCGAAAUCUACAAAGCUAGUGACGCUGAACGGGAGUUGGGUAUCGGACGCAAUGGCAUGAUCGCUUUGGCCAUGUUGUUGGGAGGAGAUUACACAGAGGGCGUGAAAGGCGUGGGCAUUGUCAACGGAAUGGAGGUUAUUCGGGACUUCAAUGUGGCGGAAGACUUGAAAGGGGGGCUUCAGAGAUUUCGGGCAUGGCUGGACGGGUUUGAACCUGUUGUAGAAGCAAACGCGAAGAAGGAGAAAGGAAAAGUUCUUUCCAAGGAGCAGAGAUUCCAUUAUGAACAUAGGACAGGACGGAACAAAUGGAUUGCACCGGAGAGCUUUCCAUCGGAUGCAGUGAUAUCGGCGUAUACCAACCCUGUCGUGGACAAUUCCACAACAAAAUUCUCCUUUGGUGUUCCGGAUAUGGACGGCAUACUCAAAUUUUUGACCAAACACGCAGGCUGGGUGCCCGAAGAAACUCGAAGGGUUUUGGCCCCAGUCGUCGAGCGAGUCGAGGGAAAGAGGUCGUAUCAACCUCGUAUCGACUCCUACAUGACCUAUGAACGCGGAAUCAAGUUUGCAGAUGUGCGUUCCAAGCGCUUACGUAAAGUCUUUGAAUCUGUUCGGAAUGGAGGAAACGAGGAAAGCGAUCUAGUUUGCGAUAUCUCGGAACGGGCGCUUCCGAAAGCCAAGAGACCGCGAAGGCGGUCAAGACUCAACAAAGCACUUGAACGCCAGGGUUCGAAAGUGGGAACAUCGUUGCCAACGGAGUCAGCUGUGGGACUGGUCCACGUCAACCUCGAAGCUGCGGAUGCCCCUGCUGUCACCGCUGACUCGUUCACCGAAUAUGACAACUCCAUUGAUCAGAUUGUUCAGGCAGGACAGGCCGCUCGAGUGAAUGCCAAAGCGCAACCAAAGAAAGCCCCAACGAAACUGUCGACGUAUCUGGGUCAAGCUAAGUCAUCCGAGGAGAAAAGGACCGAGCGCGAACGCGCAGAAGCUGUCCUGGAGCAGCAGAAGAAGAAGCUCCCUUCUCGACCACCGCAUGCGUAUGCCGCAACUAGCAAGCUCGCGGCUCGGGCACCGCCAGCGUAUUCGGCAACGAGCAACCUCGCUUCAGAUGCGAAUGAUGGAACCGAAGGCUCCGCUGACGAUCCUUCUGAAAGGCCAAACUUUCCGAGCAUGUCGUUGGACUGAUAUCGUUUUACUUCUAGUAGCUAUUAUAGUUGUUGGCAAGUAUUUCAGUUUCCUCAGUUGGAAGCGCGGCAAUUGACUUUUGUCGUGUCUUUCGUGGUCUUGCGGUUCUCGUGUCUCUGCAUCUUUUUAAAAAUCUAUGUUCCGGCCAAACGAGGUUUACCCCUCCUUCAAAGUCCUCGUACUGUAAUCCUUAACCCUUCGAUGAAAACUCCGCCUUAAUUACCAGCACGGAAGAUUGACUGUGAAAGGUGGCUGAGGUAAAUAAAGAGUUAAGGAUACGAUCUGUUUUGAUUGUUUCUGUGUAAACUUAGGUUUACCGCAUCUACCGGAUACGAAAGAAUUUCUGGAGCU